CAAACCCGCAGAGCUCUUUGCUAACCGACCGGUCAUUCCAGACGACGAUCCAUCACCCGUCAUUGCCACGGCCGGGGCCGUCACCAAGGGUAUCUGUCGACAGUGCCCCUCCCUCUCUUCACUUCUUCGCCACCACCAAAACCACCACCGCCAGUAUCUUUUCGCCACGUCUCAACUAAAAACAACUCAAUAGCUCAUAUCGCUGCCGACUUUGCCGCCUGGACUUCACAUCUUGCAAUGCACUUUUUCGCCACGUCAAACAACAAACAGCCUGACUGCCAACCAGCCCUGCUGCCCUCCAAGACGCCCGGUGACGCGCUUGGAGAACUGCCAGCUGCUGCAUCAUAUUAAUUUUUUCCUUCUUUCCCCUUUUUCAGGCACCUUUCACCCACCAAGACCUUGAUCGGAUGCUCGGACGAGGAAUGUAGGAAAUGGCUCCAUGAACAUUGCCUUUGAGAAGAUGCCUUGACGCGAACGUAUGAGCGACAUCAAGGAGAAGAAGCUAGGCGACAGCUUCGACAGACGUGCCGACGUUGAACGAACAAUUGAUGCGAAGCCCAGCGGUGCGCCGGAGGAAACAAAUGGACAGCCUGUGGCGGAGGGGACACCUGCGGAUUCUGGACAAGCGUGUCCCGCAACCGCCAACGACUUUUGCCACGCUGUCUGCGUAGGAGGUGAUGGGUAUACGUUUUCCUCACUGUGUUAUAAUACUCCGUAUAUGCACCUGUGUAACAUCAGGGACUAGUCGCCUUGGCCGGAAUGAAGUUGAAAACACGGCUUGGUUUCGCUUUUUAUUAGAGGAUUGGUUCUUCUCGGCAGUUCACCUCAAUUAAUCACCAACUAUCUCGCCU